AUGGCUCCGAAGAAAGCUGCGAAGCCUGCUCCGAAGGCGGCAGAGGCCAAGAAGGCGGAAGCUAAACCAGCAGACAAUGCAAAGAAGGAAAAAAAGCCCGUAAAGCCGGCUAAGGCCACUAGCAAAGCACUGACCUCAGUGAAGGGCGGCAAAAUUUCCAAGCCUGCGGUUAAAAGUAAGUGUUCUCGUCCAAAUUAACUUAGUGACAGGGAAACCGAUUGUCGCUCAAGCUCUCAAGGCCCAGCGCGCUAUCACCAUCGGAGUUCAUACUAAGGGCAAGCGAAAGGUUAUGAAGACUGUCCGGUUCAAGCGGCCGAAGACUUUCAAACCUCCACGCUGUCCUAAGGAUCGCCGUUUUGAAAUACCGAAACGAAACAAGUGAGUAGUACUUUUGAAUUAACUUUCAAGGCUUGAUGCUUUCCGCAUCAUCCAGCAUCCAGUCACGACUGAGGCCGCAAUGAAGAAAAUCGAGGACAACGACACUUUGGUGUUCGUGGUCGACAGGCGGGCCAACAAGCCUGCAAUAAAGGCAGCGGUUCAGGAGAUGUACCACAUCAAGGUUGCAAAGGUGAAUACUUUGAAUUGCCCAAAGAACAUUAAGAAGGCCUACGUCAAGCUGCCCCCGGAUUACGACGCCCUAGACGUUGCUAACCGCAUUGGCAUAAUAUAA